UCUUCAAAUGGGACGUGCGGAAUUCAAGCAAUUCGUCAAGACCGCAUUGUGGGUGGGAUAGAAGCGACUCCCGGGGAAUUUCCGUUUUUGGUGGGCAUAGCAUCCGUGUUCAGGCCUCGACACUUUUGUGGUGGAUCCCUGAUCAAUGAAUUCUGGGUACUCACAGCUGCUCAUUGCGUUAAUGAACACACGGGUAGUGAUGCUUCACAACUGCGAGUGAGGAUCCGUGAGUUUGACCUCGACCACGACGAAGACCCGCCGAGUUAUCAGGUCAAAGUAGAAAAGGUCUACUAUCCGGAAGAAUUUGAUUUUGAUGACGGGUUUUCGAAUGACAUUGCGUUGCUGCGGUUGACGGAAAGGAUAUCCUGGGACAAUUACACUGUACCUGUUUGUCUGCCUGAUGCGAAUGACACCUUUGACUUUGAACUAGCUGUUGCUGCGGGUUGGGGACGUCUUGCUGAAAUGCAAGAGAAAACUCCGAGUAAAUUGCGCAAAGUGACGUUGCACGUGAUUCCAGCUGAUUUUUGCAUGGAAUGGACGGAGUAUGAAAUGACUGAUCAUCAAUUCUGCGCUGGGUUCAAGCACAAGGCCCGUGACGUUUGCUCGGGUGACAGUGGAGGUCCUUUAUUGGUUCGUCGUGAUGGACGUCAUGUGGCAAUUGGAGUGGUUUCCUAUGGAGAUGGAUGUGCUCGUCCUAGAACCCCGACCGUUUACACAGAUUUGGCAAAAUUUGGCGACUGGAUCCGCCAAAUUAUGGAAGGGAUAUCCUGGGACAAUUACACUGUACCUGUUUGUCUGCCUGAUGCGAAUGACACCUUCGACUUCGAACUAGCUGUUGCUGCGGGUUGGGGACGUCUUGCUGAAAUGCAAGAGAAAACUCCGAGUAAAUUGCGCAAAGUGACGUUGCACGUGAUACCGGCUGAUUUUUGCAUGGAAUGGACGGAGUAUGAAAUGACUGAUCAUCAAUUCUGUGCUGGGUUCAAGCACAAGGCCCGGGACGUUUGCUCGGGUGACAGUGGUGGUCCUUUAUUGGUUCGUCGUGAUGGACGUCAUGUGGCAAUUGGAGUGGUUUCCUAUGGAGAUGGAUGUGCUCGUCCUAGAACCCCGACCGUUUACACAGAUUUGGCAAAAUUUGGCGACUGGAUCCGCCAAAUUAUGGAAGGGUACUGA